GACAUCGCGCACGCAGUGGCGGCUAGGUUUGGCUGUGAGACAAAAGCCUCGGCUUGCGCCCUGCACCGCUCCCAUCAGACAUCGGACGUUCGACGGCGCGCCGCCGGGUCCGCGAGCGACCACUGGGAAAGAAAGCACAAGUCCAGGUCGAGGACAAGGAGCAACCGUGGCCCUGGCGUACAGAAGCAGACAGCGGCCGCCCACGUCGCCGGCGCCAUUGCACACGAUGCCGGCCAUGACGACCUCAGGCACGGCGCCAGCCUGAACAGACGUGGACCCGGCCCUGACUCGGGAGAUGGGCAGGCCCGGGCAGGCGGCCCCUGCGCCCGCGGAGGUCGAAGGAGCUGGACGUGCGCGGCUCGGCGAAGACCAAGCCCACAGCGCCCGAACUUCUCGAUCGUGUCCGAGGCCCUCUGGAAGCUCCCACGGCGCGCGUGCGGCUCGUCUCUGCCGCGCUGCGACUCAGAAAAGCGCUUGGUGUUGGAGGCCUGCGAUGGCGUUGCCUCCGCCGCGUCGGAUCUCAGGCCAAAGCGGCGAGGCCUGCGCACACCUCCGCCGUCCUGCGCGGGCGCCUCCCGGACCCAGGAGCGGGGCACGCGCCACCCUGGCUGGGCCACUGGGAGGCUCACCCCGCCCCAUGCCCGCCCCGGCUACGGCGCACGGCGCGGCCGCCCAGUCAGUACCAAGGACUGGGCCGAGGUGGCUGCCAUCCUCAAGCACAACCCCGGCAGCAGGAGCCGCGACGGCAACGACAAGUGCAGCGCCAUCGAGAUGACUGGCACCAGUCCACCCCCAGCAACGUCGCCAGGAUGCUGGAUCGGCACGGCCGUUACCACCCUCAACUCCGACGCCCAGGUCUUCGAGCCGA